GGUUGAUUUGAUCUUCGUUUAGCUACAGCAGGAAUAUUAUUUUGCCAACUUCUAAGAUGGACUGGGUAGACGAAAACAAAUAAUUCCUUGUUAUUUUUUGAGGAAUAGUAUUACAUGAAAAGUAACUUUUGCUUGUGAUAGCGGAGUAGAAGAAAUAGGGAAUUUUAUAAUAAUUAUCUACAGUAAUGUCCGGCUCAGAAACCAACAUGUUUAAAGAUUCGUUUCAAGGUGGUUUUUUGUCAAUACUGUACGGAAUCGGAAGUAAACCUCUGCAGAUCUGGAGCAAGGAGGUCAAGAACGGCCACGUGGAAAGAGUGACAGACAACGACAUUCAGUCAUACGUCAUUGAAAUCGUGGGCACAAACGUCUGCACAACGUACAUCACAUGCCCGAGUGAACCCAAGAAGACCCUAGGUAUCAAACUGCCAUUUUUGGUGAUGAUCGUCAAAAAUCUCAAGAAAUAUUUCACCUUCGAGGUGCAAGUGCUGGAUGAUAACAACGUGAAGAGACGAUUCCGGGCCAGCAAUUACCAAAGUAUGACUAGGGUGAAACCCUUUGUCUGUACAAUGCCGAUGAGGUUGGAUAAAGGAUGGAACCAGAUUCAGUUUAACUUAUCAGACUUUACCAAGCGGGCAUACGGCACGAACUACAAAGAGACCCUUAGAGUACAGAUCCAUGCCAACUGUCGAACUCGCCGUGUGUAUUUCACAGACCGGCUGUAUUCUGAGGACGAACUACCCAAAGAGUUCAAGCUCUAUCUACCUGCCUGCAAGGGCACUCCAAAAUAAACUCGGGUAUCAACCCUUGGUGUGAUCCCUGGCUAUACACGGCAGUUACAGGUUGCAUGGCUUCUGACGGACACCCCUCUGAACAAAUAAAACAAUAUGGACAAAAAUAUAUGGAGAUCGUCAACUUAAGGCUCAUUGGUAAAGCUAGCAGGGCUAUGUAAAAAUUGCUCCUUGGUUGGUUGUAGAGCGCAUGCACGUUAAUUCAGAGGACGUUGCAUGGUUCAACCCCCGCUUUGGUAAAUUAAUUUGUCUUUGUUUAAUCCCAGAAGUCAUGUAAAUGCUGAUUAUUGAAUCAUUUUUAAUUUUCUACUUGCAAAAUGAAAACGAUAAGAAGCAAGCACCGUUGUGCUUAUAAUUGGAGCUUACAAAAAACAGUGAGUGUGUUUUUCUGUCCGUGUUAUCUAUUCAUAAUAUAUUUAUUUGAUCAUGGCUUGAAGUUAUUUUCUGCCCGUUUUGUUUCUUCGGUAUUUUUGUGUGUUUAUUUUGGUGUUUUUGUUAUGUUUUCAUGUUUGGUGUCGGUUUGUG